AUGGAUUUAUAUUUCACGUUUCUAUGGCUCAAUUUUGGGACAGUUUUUCUGCUAAUCCCUCCAAUUACUACGGCGAGCAACCAAAUGAAAACACCGCUGAUCUACAUCAACAACAUAUUCAUGGAGAACUUCAGCAUAGAAAAUCAUACAAUUCAGACUGAAAGCGUGCGGGACCCCUGGGAGUGUUUUCGUCACUGCGCUAAACACUGCGACUGCAUUGCGUUUCAAUUCAGUGGAAAAAUAUGUGAGCUUCUGGACACGGACAUUGAUGGAGCCAUCGGGAAGCGAGUGAAAAGACCAGGAACUCUUUUGUAUCGUGUACAGCAAAACGGCGUGAGGGAAAAUGGCAGAUGCCUGAAUGGCUGCUGUCAAUCGAAACCUUGCCUUAAUGGAGGCACAUGCGCAGAAAAUUGCGAUGACAUCAGGAAACAAUACAACUGCACAUGUCCACAGCAUUACCAGGGAAAGAGAUGUGAGAUAUUCCAUCCAAGAGUCAAUUCAUGCCUAUCUUAUUUAAAGCUGAAACCAGAGUCUAAGUCAGGCGUGUAUAAGCUUAAUGAUACGGCUCAGAGUUAUUGUGAUUUUGACUCGAAACCCGGAAAAGUCUGGACUCUCAUCGAGUCAUUCUCUUUAGGAAAUAAGGAUUUUUACAACCAAAAGCCUUUUUAUUACAACUUUCCGAGAAACGAGACAAGAUUCAACUGGAAUGAUUAUCGAGUAUCCUACCAAGCAAUGGUCAACAUCCGACACAACUCGACGCACUGGCGAGUGACGUGCAAUUUCCCGUCAGGCCUUAAUUUCACCGACUACGCACGCGCUACUCUCCAAGACACGGACAUCCUGACAUUUGUCAAUCAAGAUAGCUGUCAGAGGUACGAGUACAUCUCAUUUCGAGGAAGAAGUUGCACUAAUUGUUCGGGGAUGCUUGUGCAGCGAGAUACCCAACAUAUGCAUACUGAUUCGUACUGGAGCGGAAAAAACGGUUGCUCUUGGGAUCCAAGUACAGGUGCCCUGGAGCACGAAGAUAAUUUUGGAUUCUAUGACGUUAUCAAUCCUAAACACAAGUGCACUGAAAAUUCUUUUUCCACCACGCAAUGGUGGCUUGGUGCGGAGCUCUAAAUCUGAGCCCACACCACGCUGGGCGUAGGUUAUGUAGACGUGCGUGAGGAAGGGGAAACAAC